AUGCCAGCUGCGGCAGCUCUUCCGAAUCCCUCAGUGCCCCGAGCAGCCUUGGUCGCAGCCCGCUUUCUGCGGCCGCCAGGCCGAUUCAAGCGGGCUGAGCUUCGCGAACACCCGAGAAGUAAAACAGGCGCUUUUGCGAACCUGGUCAAGACGGCUGUUAGAUUACGGGAGAAGGCCAGGGCGUUCUCGCUCGUCCCGCCUCCCAGGUUGAUUCCGAUUCCUCUGCCUGCGCGAAAGAAACACCUCGAGUCCGUCCGGGGCGUGCCUACAGUUUCUUCGGAGGUCCUCGCUCGUCGGCUUCACUUUCUCCUGGGCCCCGCAGCUAUCGAACAACAAAAAGCGGCGAAAAUGCAGAGAGGUCUUACGCCGUACCAAACCGAACUCUUCAUGUGGGAGCGGCAGAUGAGAGAAAUUCGCAAGAUUUACCGGGCUCAGUAUCUUCAGAGGCUUGCUGAGGUCACGGAAGAAGAGCGCCAGAAACAGCUUCAGCUGUACCUACAGGAGAAACGAGAACGGCGACUCCGGCGAGAGGAGCACCUCCAGAGGAUCUACGACGACAAGAAACGGCGAGCGGUCCUGAAGGAUCGCAUGCGGAUUGAGAAGAAGGUCACCCAGUCCCUGCAGACGGCUCGCGUCUCUCGGCGGAAGAUUGCCCACGUUCUCUGGCUCAAGAAACUGCAGGACUCGUCAGAUUUCCUGCAAGAGCAAGACGAAGCUGCUCGAGGCAUUGCCGCGCUCGCGCGAGCGCGGGCGAAGGAGACGGGCGAGGAGGAAGAGGAAAUUCUUGCGACGGAAAUGGCGAAGCUGAAAGAAAACGCCUUUGAAAACUUGCCGUCUCGAAACGUCUCCGUCCCUGACCUCCUCGCUCAGCUGGGUCUCAACGACGAGAAAGUUAAAUCGAUAAAAAAGAAGAUCACGGGGACCGACAACGUGUUCAGACACAUCAUGGAAGAUUCUUUUGCGGUGCUCCCCGAAGAUGGCCCAGAGUUUGAAGAGGACGGAGGAGCUGAGGCUAAACAGCAGAAGGCUCAACUUCUCACGGAUCGCCAGCGUGCAGUUCUGACCUACGCAGGGUUCACAGAGGCCGAGAAGAUGCGGCUGCUGGACGAGAAAAUCGACAUGUUGAACAAGAAGCUCGACGAGGACUACGAGCUCAGGGGCGCGCCCCAGAAUCUGGUGUAUCUACAGCUGCGUGACCACCUGCAGGCUGCGAAAAUUUCUUUCCGCGAGAAGCUGUACGUCCGGGAAACUCAGAAACGUCUGCAAGAGCAGCAAGGGAAGGCUGUGUCUCCGGGAACAGGAGCACCAGCGAACAGUGACGAAAAAGGCAAAAACACUCGCUAG